ACAAAAUCAUGCCUGGGUAAACCAUCCAUUCAAAGUGUAGGCCAGGCCAGUGGAGGAGAAUGUCAGAGUACAAAAGUUCAUAGACAGAGGCUCAGAUUCCACAUUGCAACAAGCCUUAAAGAAGCUACCACAUGUCAGGUCUUAGUGUAGUAUAUCACAGAAGUGUGUCCACAGUGAUCCAAAAAGACUCUUAAAAUCUUCUGCCUUGUCCAGCCACAGGAGACUGGGCUUCAUAGCCUGUAAUCAAACCAACUCAGCAGGUCAAGUACAAAAGCAGUUUGGCGCACCAUGUCGGUCAGCGUCCACGAGACCCGCAAGUCACGGAGCAGUACGGGCUCCAUGAACAUCACCCUGUUCCACAAGGCCUCCCACCCCGACUGCGUGCUGGCCCACCUCAACACGCUGCGCAAGCACCGCAUGUUCACCGACGUCACACUCUGGGCGGGCGACCGCGCCUUCCCCUGCCACCGGGCCGUAUUGGCCGCCUCCAGCCGCUACUUCGAGGCCAUGUUCAGUCACGGCCUGCGGGAGAGCCGGGAUGACACGGUCAACUUCCAAGACAACCUGCACCCCGAGGUGCUGGAGCUGCUGCUGGACUUUGCCUACUCCUCCCGCAUCGUCAUCAACGAGGAGAAUGCCGAGUCGCUGCUGGAGGCCGGCGACAUGCUGCAGUUCCAUGACGUGCGGGACGCGGCCGCCGAGUUCCUGGAGAAGAACCUCGUCCCCUCCAACUGCCUAGGCAUGAUGCUGCUGUCGGACGCCCACCAGUGCCGCCGGCUCUACGAGUUCUCCUGGCGAAUGUGCCUGGUGCACUUCGAGACCGUGCGGCAGAGCGAGGACUUCAACAGCCUGUCCAAGGACACGCUGCUGGACCUCAUCUCCAGCGAUGAGCUGGAGACCGAGGACGAGCGGGUGGUCUUUGAAGCCAUCCUCCAGUGGGUGAAGCACGACCUGGAGGAGCGGAAGGCCCACCUGCCUGAGCUCCUGCGCAGUGUGCGGCUGGCCCUGCUGCCGUCGGAUUGCCUGAAGGAGGCGGUCUCCGGCGAGGCCCUCCUCAUGGCGGACGAGCGCACCAAACUCAUCAUAGACGAGGCCCUCCACUGCAAGACCAAGAUCUUGCAGAAUGAUGGGGUGGUCACCAGCCCUUGUGCCCGGCCACGCAAGGCAGGCCACACGCUGCUCAUCCUGGGGGGCCAGACCUUCAUGUGUGACAAGAUCUACCAGGUGGACCAUAAGGCCAAGGAGAUCAUCCCCAAGGCAGACUUGCCCAGCCCCCGGAAGGAGUUCAGUGCCUCUGCAAUCGGCUGCAAGGUCUAUGUGACGGGAGGCAGGGGCUCCGAGAAUGGGGUCUCCAAGGAUGUCUGGGUGUAUGAUACUGUCCAUGAGGAGUGGUCCAAGGCAGCACCCAUGCUGAUCGCUCGCUUUGGCCACGGCUCGGCCGAGCUGGAGAACUGUCUGUAUGUGGUAGGGGGACACACGUCCCUGGCUGGCGUCUUCCCGGCCUCGCCUUCAGUCUCCCUGAAGCAGGUAGAGAAAUAUGACCCUGGAGCCAACAAAUGGACGAUGGUUGCCCCACUGAGGGACGGUGUCAGCAACGCUGCCGUGGUAAGCGCCAAGCUGAAGCUUUUUGUUUUUGGAGGGACCAGCAUCCACCGAGACAUGGUAUCCAAAGUCCAAUGCUAUGACCCAUCAGAAAACCGGUGGACUAUCAAGGCUGAGUGUCCCCAACCUUGGCGGUACACAGCUGCUGCUGUCCUGGGCAGCCAGAUCUUCAUCAUGGGAGGUGACACAGAAUUCACAGCUGCCUCAGCCUACCGCUUCGACUGUGAGACCAACCAGUGGACACGGAUCGGUGACAUGACUGCCAAGCGUAUGUCCUGCCAUGCCCUGGCUUCAGGAAACAAGCUCUACGUGGUCGGGGGCUACUUUGGAACCCAGAGGUGUAAGACCCUAGACUGCUAUGACCCCACUUCGGACACGUGGAACUGCAUCACCACCGUGCCCUACUCGCUCAUCCCCACGGCCUUUGUCAGCACCUGGAAGCACCUGCCGGCGUGAGGAGCACCUGCAGAGCCCAGCCAGACUCUGCGUGUCUCUCCUGCCCCGCGGCUGCGGCCCUCACUUUCACAGAGUGGCCUUGACCCCGCUGCCACAGUGCAGAGCUCUCCGAGUGGCCAGAAGCCGACUGCACCAGCUCCAGGCAGCAGCAACCUCGAGGCUGUUCUGAGCUUUCGACAAGACAAGCAUCCUGCGGCCCUGGAAGCCUCUUCAGCUUCGAGUGGUUUGCAUGGAAGAAGAGCAGCCAGAGGACAGGGUGCCAGCAAAACUCCCCUGGGCCUUUGGGGAGGACACACCUGCAGAGGCUCGAGGUCAUCUGUCAGCAAGUCCUGGACUUGGGCUGGGAGGUCAAGGGCAGAGAAGGGGUGGGGUGGCAGCAUAGGAGAGCUUUGGGUCACUUAGCACUGAUGGCACAGCCUUUGAUUCUAGGGCUGCUCUGUGGGGGGCUGUAAUGUCACCCACAGCUGCUGUCCCAGGCCUCGGGGAGGCAUGUCCACCAGAGUGAGCAGAAGGCUGCUGAGGAGAAAACAGCAUGGCUUUCAUAAAGGCAGAAACCCCACCUGGUGACCUUGUUGACAUCUGCAAGUCUUCAUUAGCACAUGGACUCAGACCCCCAAGGCCCAAGGGGAGAUUCCUGCCCCAUGAGGCCCUCAAACCUUAGCCCACUGGGGACCUGGCCCCGGGAUGCUGUGCCCAGGAGGCUGGGGUCAACUCAGCAAGACUGGAGGCCUAGGAACUGUCCCCUCAGCCCACCCUAAGAGGCAGUAGUGACUCCCUCUCCUGAUGGGAGCGCACCCAUCAACAGCACCAAGGGCUCUUUCGGGAGAUCACACCUGUCCUCAGGUGGUGGCCCUGCCCUCUAAGACUGGGAGCAGCUGUGAGCUGGGGAUGACAGAGUUACCAGAGGGCACCCGUUACAGAUACUCCACGGCCAGGUUUGUCUCAGUUGGAGGUUGGUGACAGGCCUCCAGCCAGUGCCCACUGUCCUCUCUGGCGGUUUGUCCUUGUAACUGGCGACACUGCAUCCUGACCCAUUUGCUCUGUGAGCUCAGAAAGUAAUAGAAUGGUCCCGAGAGAAUUGCCAAACACUUGUGUAUUGCUUUCACCUCCUAGUUCCUGGGGAGCCCCUCAUCAGUGAACUCACAGAAUUCAGACUGCAUGGAGGUCAGCUUCUGACACCUGGUGUCAGACUUCAGUCUCAUCCUUCACUCAUCCUAUCCACCAUCUGAGGGAAACAGGGACGUGGUACCAUGGUAGGGGGCUGGGCAGGGCUCCCUGACCUGUGGCUUCCCAGGCCACCUGCCAUUUGCAUGUGCUGCUUCUCUGGCUCAGGAGUGGGAUUCAUGUGGGCUAUGCUGCUGGUAGAGAAGGGGGUACAGACCAGUUACUUAAUGACCCCAAAUGACCCCAUACCUCUACACCGGUGCUUCCUCUGUGGGUGUCUUUUGGGGAGUGGGACUUUGGGCUGGGUUUGCCUAUGGAUGGGCUCCACCAGGAGAGAGCUGGAAGUGGCAGUUGCUUCCGGUGGUACCUUAGACCCCACACCCCACCCUUUCCAGAGGCCAGCCUGUGCUCUCAGGCAGCUACACUGCUGGAGAACUUGGGGCUCUUGGGCCCUGUAGCUGGUGGAAGAUCUGCAGGCCUGCAGGGCGUGGCCCUUGACCCCGUGGGCUGCUGAGCCGAGAUAAAGCACACUUCUCACAGCACAAAGGACCCGGCCAUGGUGCUUUCCCCCAAAAUGUGUUGCUUUUAUCAGUUUUCUAACUUAAUAAAAAAGAGUUCAGAAA